CCCUUCGUCAUGCCCAGAACAUAUGAGCAGGAAUUAGAGUUUCUAGAAAAGAUUUCUCCAUGUUGUUGGAAGAUCAAAAAAGGUUUUGUUCCAGAUAUGAAGGUCGAAGGCGUAUUUUAUGUAAACGACUUCUUGGGCAAGUUAAUGUUCGAUGAGUUGCGUCAAUUUUCAACAAGUGGUGAUUAUGGUGGCUUUCUUCCCGGUAUGAAACAAAUAGCAAACGUAGCUGCUUUACCGGGCAUUGUCCAUAGAUCAGUUGGUCUUCCGGAUGUUCAUUCUGGAUAUGGUUUCGCAAUUGGCAACAUGGCAGCUUUUGAUAUGGCCGAUCCAAUGGCAGUUGUUUCUCCCGGAGGUGUUGGUUUUGAUAUUAAUUGUGGUGUUCGAUUGCUUCGUACCAAUCUCACGCUGAAAGAUGUUCUACCUGUGAAAGAACAACUUACACAAGCCCUUUUUGAUCACAUCCCUGUCGGAGUGGGAUCAAAGGGCAUAAUUCCCAUGAAUGCCAGAAAUCUUGAUGAAGCUUUGGAAAUGGGUAUGGACUGGUCCCUUCGAGAAGGCUACGUAUGGGCCGAUGAUAAGGAACACUGUGAGGAGUAUGGACGAAUGCUUCAAGCCAAUCCAAAUAAGGUUUCGUUGCGGGCCAAGAAGCGCGGUCUUCCACAAUUGGGCACACUUGGAGCUGGAAAUCACUAUGCAGAAAUUCAAGUUGUUGAGGAGAUCUUUGAUCGUCAUGCUGCUUCAAAGAUGGGCAUUGAUCAACUCAACCAAGUCGUUCUCAUGAUUCAUUGUGGUAGCCGUGGUUUGGGACAUCAGGUUGCUACUGAUGCCCUUCAGGAAAUGGAGCGAGUAAUGAAGCGGGACAAUAUCGUUGUGAAUGACAGGCAAUUGGCUUGUGCCCGCAUUGAUUCCCCUGAGGGUCAAGAUUAUCUGGCUGCCAUGGCAGCAGCUGCUAAUUACGCCUGGGUCAACCGCUCUUCUAUGACCUUCCUCAGUCGCCAGGCCUUUGCAAAGAUGUUUAACUCCACACCAGAUGAUUUGGAUAUGCAUGUGAUUUACGAUGUGUCCCAUAAUAUUGCCAAAGUGGAAGAGCAUUGGGUCAAUGGUAAGCCGACACAGCUUCUGGUUCAUCGCAAGGGUUCAACUAGAGCUUUCCCCCCACAUCAUCCACUUAUUCCCGUUGAUUAUCAGCUUACUGGCCAACCCGUUCUUAUCGGUGGUACUAUGGGAACCUGUAGUUAUGUGCUGACAGGCACUGAUAAAGCCAUGACAGAAACAUUCGGAUCAACAUGUCAUGGAGCUGGUCGUGCGAUUUCUCGAGCAAAGUCCAGGAGAACACUAGAAUACUCGGAUGUUCUAGCAAAACUACAAGAGAACGGUAUCUCUAUUCGUGUUGCCUCGCCGAAGUUGGUCAUGGAAGAGGCUCCUGAGUCUUACAAAAAUGUCACUGAUGUGGUCAACACUUUAGUUUUGCCAAGAGGCUGGAAUCAGUUCAAAAGUCCUCAAACUGCGCCCAAUAGGUGUUAUCAAAGGUUGAUACUUAUUCUCGUCUGUGCCCUAUUUUUACGUAUGCAUAUCUUAUCUGCUCUAUUCCACAUGAGUGAACUCAGUGAUAAAGAUCAAGAAGUUCUGGGUAACACCGCCGAAGAUAUAGAUAAUGCCCUGCGAUGUCGAGAUGAAGUCAUAGGUGAUGAUCAAGGCGAUAUGGCCAGUAAAAGUCGUAUGACUAUUCCUUUUGCACCUCCCACAUUAGACGGAGGCGCUCUCCUUCUCAGUCGCUAUGGAAUUCAAGAUUCCGGUCUCUUUCGAAUGUACGAAUUAAUCUCCACUCCGCCCUCAGACGAAAGUGAUUUGGCCAAGUUGAGUCGAACUUUCAAAUCCGUUCCCUUAUUUGCGAGUUUUAUAUCCGGUGCCACGGCAGGUUGUUUGGCUGUUCCGGGAAUAUUCAAUCAAUUCACACAUUCAAAUCAACUUACAGUUUGGAGGACAAAAGAAAUGGCCAAAGUAUGUACAUUUUGCUCUAUCGUUUGA